AUGUCGCCCAGCGACGACAACGACGACGACGACGAUGAGGACGCUGAGGAGGACGCCCAGGAGAAAGCACGGCCUGUCGCUCAGCCGCCAAGACGGAGCGCCGCACGCGCACCAGGGUCUGAUAAGAGCAAAGGCAAGGCGGCGCAACCUGCAGCACGCCCGGAGCCGCGGAAGAAACGGGCGGCAGCACCAGUCGAGCGGGGCUUAUGGUCUGACAAGGAGAGCACCAUUUUCGCCGCGGCGAAAUGGUUCAUGAAAGAGGAGCUCGAGCCUCUCAAAGGGAAGCAGCGGACGCAAUACUGGGCCCGGCUGCUCGCACACAUCAAGGAGUCGAACCCCGGAUGGUGCAGGGGAGUCAACGCACUGCAGAAGCAGUGGCGUAACUUGAUGCUCCUUUGGCGGGAGUACAAGCGUGCCGACGGGGGGUCGGGCAACGGCUCGGUGGAGAAACCACCAUGGUAUCCGUACCUGGAGCUGCAUAACCAAUACACCACCGCAGCCGCACCGCAUGCGGUGGACGGAGGCGGCGCGACUAACGUCAACGUGCCGGCCGGCAUGGAGGUUCCAACUUCGUCCCAGCCAGGCACGUCAACACCAUGCUACACGGCUCCGUCGCCGACGACCACUGCCACACCCAGGCGCGCCCGGGUGCAUGAGACGGCUACCAUGCAAGCGGCCAUGCUGGUCUCCGCCACCAUCAAGGACUGCCACGGUGAUGCGAUGACCCGCAUUGAGGGCCUUGUCCGUGAAUGGAUGGCGCAAGACAUGCGACUUGCCCGCGAGCGCAAGACUGAAUCGGCUCCCUCGGAUGUGCACCGUGCGCCGCCGGAUUUCUCCCCUCCUCCGCCACGCGGGGAGUCCGCGCCACCUCCCGAAGCCGCACAGUAG